AUGGGCUUUAUAGCGCCAGGAAUAAGCUAUGUACGACCGAGCAAUGGAAGGAAGUCCGUACAUGUUGUUAAAUUCAAGCUGCGACAGGUCGCUGUACCUAUAGACCGCAGUAAAGUGCGUAGAGCUAGAAGGCUCAAGCUCCCACUCGAACACUCGGAUUCUGUGCUUGAGCGACUACCUCAUGAUAUUUUGUGGGAGAUCUUCUUGCUUGCUGGCAUCGAUAACAAUCUACCGUUGGCCUCAAAGUACUUCAUGCGGGUCCUUAGUGCUCCAAGCUUAGGUGACAUUGCGACUGAAUCCCUGAAUAGGUGGCUCUUCAUCCAGGUGCUUGACCGGUGUCUUCUACAAGACUUGAAUGUUCAUGUAGAUGAAGACUGGGUGGAGAAGUAUCAUGCUGCUGCCAGUGGGAUAGAGGCUCCUUCUGAACUAGUCAAGAAGCUUAUCAGUGUACAGAGUGAGAUUCCCACUUCGAUAUACCAGAAUAGAUUUGCCAUAGACGUAGACGCCUUCAGUCGUGGUUUCAUGAACGAUUCUGCACUACACAUCAUCUUGGAGAGGUACCCGGCAGUCGGUGUCAUGAGUCUGGAGCAGAUCACCAAUCAGAUUGAGAAUCGUCAAAAGUUCAUUGAAUGGAAUUACAGGAUAUUGAUGGAGGCAAUUAAAAAAGCUCAACAAGCUGAUGAAGGUGCAAGUGAGUAUUCUGUAAUCGAUGAUGUCAAGAACUUGAAAGAGUUGAAGGCAAAUACUGUCUAUUUGGAGCUAGCUCCUCGUGCGGAGAUCCCUAACUAUUUGUACCUGAGUUUGAAUCAUUCCAAGGCGGUCAUGAUCAAGAACUUAAUACGAAACUGUGGAUGCAUUUUAACGAAUGAAGUUGCGUUCACUGCAACGUGUUUCAAAAAGCUUCCUCGUGAGUGCUUCAGCGAAUAUGUCGCCUUUGAGCCUCAGCAAGUUACCUACACCUUUGCAGAUUUCGAGUUGCUCAUCGAGUGCAUUGUUACAUCUGAAAGGGAGGAGCUGUCGAAGCAUCAUAUUGAACAACACCUUCAAUUGUUAUACGAGCGUGCUGAAAAUGCACUCUCCAAAUAUAUUAUCGAAGACCAUAACAGACUUCGUGACUUAGCCUGGCUCACUCUGCGAGUGCAGAGAGGAAGAUUGCAGCAUUUGUUGUCGGAAAAAUCACUAGAAACGCUUUGA